CCGCCCGACCUCCGCCGCCUGCCCGAAAUGGCGGCCGGGGCGGCAGCGGCGCUGACCCGGGAGGGCGGGGAGGACGCAUUCCGCCGGCUGUUCCGCUUGUACCGGCAGCGCGACGCGUCGGACUUGCGGGGUGUGGUGGAUUUUUCCGUGCCGGGGAGCCAGGUGUUCAGAUCACAGCUCAGUAUUUCUUCAGUCAGUGAUCAAGAUGCCUCCAGAGCAGGGUUACGACCAGUUAGCCAGUGGAAAGCCUAUGGCCUCAAUGGGUAUCCAGGGUUUAUUUUCAUACCAAACCCUUUCCUCCCGGGCUGCCAGCGUCACUGGGUGAAACAGUGUCUCAAGCUAUACCCCCAAAAACCCAAUGUCUGCAACCUGGACCUGCACAUGGCUCCUGAGAAGACCAUUGACCUGUGGGGGCAGAGCAAGGAGCAGCUGAGAAUGAAAGGUUCCAGUAAACGGGAGCCGAGAAGCUUAUUGGAGAAGCUGCGCUGGGUGACCCUUGGUUACCAUUAUAAUUGGGAUACUAAGAAAUACUCAGCAAAUCACCACACUCCUUUUCCCUCAGACCUUGCAUUCCUGUCGGAACAAGUGGCUGCAGCAUGCGGGUUCCAGGGCUUCCAAGCACAAGCAGGGAUCUUGAAUUACUAUCAUUUUGACUCCUCACUGGGAAUUCAUGUGGAUGAGUCUGAACUAGACCAUUCUCGGCCCCUUUUAUCAUUCAGUACCUGUAAUUGUUCUCUGCCCGAAUUUGUUUUCUCUUCUCUCUCCAUCUUCAUACCACCUGUAGUUUUGGGCAAUCCUCGAUAUUUUUGCUUGGAGGCCGGAAGCGGGAGGAAGCCCCAACAGCAAUGUUCAUGCAUAGUGGAGAUAUCAUGGUUAUGUCUGGCUUCAGCCGUCUGCUGUACCAUGCUGUCCCGCGGGUCCUCCCCAACCCUGAAGGGACAACUUUGCCUCUGUGCCUGGACCAAGCACUUUCUUCAGACCUCCCUGUCGGCUCAGUCAUCGAGCACAGCUCCGAUGAGGAUUGGCAGGUCUGUGCCAAGUACUUGCAGUCUUCCCGCAUUAAUAUGACUAUUCGGCAGGUGUUGGCUGAAGGUCAGAAAUUUCCAGAGGAAUCUGGGACAAACACAAAGGGCCAAGCACCCUCUGAAAACAGUCACCACCAGGAGAAGAGCAGCGCCAAGAGACAUAAACCAAAUACAGACAGCUGACACCAGAAGAUCAUGCUGACAUGGACUGGACAGGCAAGCUCCAUGUGGAAUUGGGAACUAAUGUAAUCAUACUCGAAGUCAACUUGUCUGUACAGGUGUUAAUAAACUUUUACAGAAUAAGUGUAGUCCUUCUUGCUGUAAGAAAUAGAUUGGGGGAGAAAGAGAAUUCAAAAGGAAAGGGAUGAGUUCAGCACUGGGCCUUGGACAUUUGCUGCACUCAGUUCCAUUUAAAAUACCUGUAUGAGAAUUUUAAGCUUGGUUCAGUGAUGCUCAUGGAGUAUUUUGAAAUCCUUGGGGAGAAAGUGCUAGCAAAAUAUACAUAAUUGCUAUGUGUUAAAGAAUCCUAUUGAGCAUGUAAAGCUCAGCUGAAGUACAUAAACAAGUAGGAAUGAGAAUGAGCUGCUGUGGGUGUGAGACCUACCUUGGGCAUUUCCAAAAGAAUCCUCUCUACAGCAAAAAUUGGUUCAGUAAUCAGAAACUAGCAGCUCCCUGAAGCAACACCUGCUUGCUGUAGUCCUGUGCUUUCCUUUUGCCUGCUUGCUCCUCCUCAGCUGCAGGAGAAACUGAUCGUAGGAGUGGAGCUGGAGCUUUCUGCAUGCCUCAGAUUUUAGAGGGAAAUGACUGGGGUCAAUAUCUACUUAGAAUACCUAGUACCUCCCAGUUGGGUCUUCUCCCACCAGUAUGUGAUUGAGCCCCACAAUUCUAGUCUUUCAAAACUGUCCCCUCUCAAGUGCCUGCAGAUUAUGGUCCUGCAGUCUCAAGCUAACAUCUUUAAGGGACAGAAUGACUUGCAAGUGGAAGCAAUGGAGUUCCGAAUUAAGUACCUAAAAAAAGAAAUUAAUCAGUGACUAUCUCUGUCACCCAAAGAUAAAGAUAUUGAAGCAAAAGAAAGCACUAGCUUAUGUGCCCGUUCUCUUGAAGACUCAGACCUUCCUAUCUGCAUUUUAAUGUAAUUUUAAUUGUUAGAGUACAAUGUGCUAUCCUUGGGGUAUUUUGUUGCACUUUUCCAAUGAAUAAACUUACUUGGUUUUUAAAUUAAAGAUCUCUAUCAGUUUU